AUCUGGUUACUGGAUGGCUAAAAUGCAAGCUAGGGACCCUUUCACCAGACGGCUAGACAAAGAAUUGUUAAUUCUUUAGCCCCAUGUGGUUCUGGGACGAUUUGUGUAUGAAAAGAAUUGGAACCACUGCCUUACCCUUGCAUGAUCGUAAGAGAUUCUAAUAUAAAAUACACCAUGGACCCUUCACUUCUUGAUUCCAACCUAGAAGACAAAGAUGCUCUGUUCAACCAGCUUCUUAUGAAUGCUGCUGCAGAAGAUCCUAGUAUACUGUCAGCUCUGAACAAACAAGCCAUACCUACAACACAAGUCAGACCAGUACCAGGAUUUUGUUUAAAAACAAAGACUGACAAGAAUGAGAAAGUGUUUGUCAACAUCUGCAUGGCUGAUAAUGUGCCUGCACCUAAAGACAUCUCAGAUGAAGAACUCAUUAAGUUACUGGAAUCAGAUGAUCCUACAGGAUACCGAGUACCUAUGUCGAUAGGGGAACCUCAUGCAGAAAUAGAUAAAUCUGGUCAGGGUUGUACAGCAUACGAUGUGGUUGUAUCCCCAGCAUUUAUGGAGAAAAUGAAAACCAGUGAAUUGUUCAAGACAUUUUUCCUGACAGUAAUGAUGGAGGGGCUGGAGAAUAAAUAUGAAAUGUUACUGAGCAGAGAAUGGGUGAUAUUGAAGAACAGACGUUUUGUAGGUACACUACAGGAGCAGAGUGUGAGGACACAGUCCAAGCCUGUUAUCAUGGAAAUGGAUCAAUCCACUUCUCCAUCAGCAGGAUCUCAGUCUCAGUCACAGAAAUCACUUAUACAGGAAGUAUCAUCAUCACAGGAGGAAAUGAAGUCAAGGGGCAAGGAACCAGACUACAGAAUAGUACAGGAACCAGCAGAAGGGCAUCCAGAUUUUCUUGUUGCUGAAAUAAAUCUUCCACAAGUGAAAGUGAGCAGCAGCAUUAACCUUGACCUUGGAGAAGAUAGAAUAUUAGUGCAAACAAGAUCUAACAUUUAUUACCUAGAUAUCUACCUUCCAUUCUACAUUGUGCAGACAGAAUGUGGAGCACAGUUCAACAGAAAGACCAGGAUAUUGACCAUUACAAUGCCAGUGUUGCCAGAGUCCUGACACCAGUUCACCAGUUAUUGUAAUUUCUUGUUGUAUUUUGUUUCUAAUAAAGACUUGUUUUACAUAAA